AUGGAUACUGGAGCUGAUACCUCAAUACUACCAGUAUCUCGGUUCAAAAACUCCAAGCUACAAACAACAACGCAAUCAUUGUAUGCAGCAAAUGAUUCGGCUAUUCCAACCUGCGGUAACAAGUUGCUAUCAAUGAACUUGGGCCUUCGUAUGAAGUUUGAUUUUAUAAUCGCCAAUGUUUCAAAACCAAUCUUGGGUGCCGAUUUCUUGAAACAUUUCGGUCUUGUGGUAGAUGUAAAACGUAGAUGCUUGAGCGAUACGCAAACAAAGUUGAGUACCCAAUGUGCAUCGGAACAUACUGAAUAUGAGCCAGUCUUUUUCAUUCAGAACGACCACAAAUUCAAAGAGCUACUAAACUCAUCUAAGGAGGUGACAAUGCCUGUUUCAUACAAUUACAAUAACGAGCCUAAGACUACGGAAAUUGCAUGCGAUGUAUCAUCAAAUCGUGUGCGUCCUUUUGUAACUGAACAGUUCAGACAACGCGUCUUCUAUUCAAUACAUAAUUUGGCACAUGCUGGUCGGCGAGCUACUAUUAAGCAAAUAGCAGAGCGUUUCGAAUGGCCAGGCAUUGCUAAAGACAUUGCGGAGCGAGUUAAAUUAUGUCUUCCGUGCUAA